AUGCUGUCGCCGCUUAUCAAGUGGGAUAAAGUGCUGUUCCGUCCGAACGCUGCGAUGCGAAAUACAUUCUUCCUCAUGAACAUCAACGGCUUUCAAAUGCACGAGCUGUCCACCAACACUGCAGCCGAAUAUUCUACAUGGGUGCGACUGAUACAAGAAUCGCGUUUGGCUGAAACUAAACCCACACUUACGUCUACACAUCAACACACGAGAUCCACUGAUGACUCUGGAAUAAACGUAUCGAGAAAUCCGUCUGAUGCAUCUGAGAAGUCAGCGUCUAGCGCUCCACCAGACGAUACCUGUGACAGCGACCGCGAUGUGCGGGACAAGGACAAGGAGAGAGAGAAAGAGACGAACGAUAGAGCCUCUGUGGAGCCAGAAAGAGAGAAAGCAUCGUUAGAGCGAGAAGAGAAAACUGAACGGUUGAAUAGAUCUGUCUCUGUUGAGACGGACAAUGCUGAAGAUAAACACAGAAGGCGACCAACAGUGGGACGUAUAACGACGCAUGUGUGUGAUCCAGAAAGUGAGGUCGCGUUAGUGGAGGGCGGGGCUGUGACCGUACGUCCGCCUCUUAGGGACGUACUCACUGCGCAGAGAGUCCUAUCUCACACAGAACGUCUCCGGCGCCUUGACGAGGCGAUAUCUCAAGCAUUACAAGCGAAAAGUGCGGUAAUAGCCGAGUUGUUAGGCGUUCCUCCCGAAAGCUACAGCCACAUGGCGGAACUUGCCGUUGCGGAAACAAUGGGACAAGUUGACUUAUGUGGAGACCUUCGUCCUAACGAUGAAUCAAAUGGUGAACCGGAUGUUCAUCAACUGCUGUUGGCUGCGCAAGCACAAGCGAAUCAACUGACGGAAGCGCUAAGCAGUGCGCUAUCCCUGAGUGAGACGAGUGCGGUGCGCGCGCGCAGCGGACGAUGUGACUCGUGUCGGAGUAGGACUUUGCGACCUUCUGCCACGCCCCGUAAUGAUGAAUCGGCAGACAACUGGACACUAGUAGAAGACUCUCGACCGGGUGACGUGUCACACCCGUCUGAAACGGCGCCAACUCAAUCGGUCGAUCAGUCGUUCGACUUGUUGACGGAUGUUGACAACCAAUUGCGGGAGCCUACCGUUGAUGCGGCUUUUGCGGAAGAAAUAAGUGCGUCGGGUGAAGCCCAAUUGGCUCGGAACUUAGUGGGCGUGGCUUGCGGCUUGCAAGCGUCUCUGGGGCGGCUGGUGGCUGCUCUUCCCGCCCUGCAACAAGAUCGCGUCUCCUUAAGAUCAAGCCUCGCGGCUGCAAGGGAACGGGCUGAGAGGCUCGCUCAUGAUAAAAAAGUCAGUGAAGAUAUGACGUUUCCAAAUGAGAGUGUGGACCAAUCAAUGCAGGACCAACCGAGUAACGGAGGCUGA